AUAAAAGCUAGCUAUGUUUUAGUGUUGCACUGGUUUUUUUAAAUGCAAUAUAAUUUUGUUAUUGAAAAAAUGAUUGAAAAUACAUUGCAAUUGUGGUUCAGUAAUGUAAUUUUAAAGCAGUUUCUCAAUUUAGAGCACUCAAACAAAAGAUCAUGAUACUUUCAACUUUCUCUGAGAACCAGUUAGUGCCUUACAGUACAAGAUGAUUGAAGAGAAGUGGAAGGAUCUUGAAAAGGGCACCUGUCCAAAUCAUUAUCAGUUCAAAGUUGAAAAUGCUUAUGGUGGUAGUGGUCAUUGCCCUCUAACAAUUAAUUUUUCUCAGUGUGCCUUUGAUCCUAAUGACGAAGCACUGGUUGCCAUAGAUAAUAAUGGUAUUGCUUACUAUGUGGACUUAUCUUCAAUACCAGCUUUUAGAAAAUUAGGCUGCGUAGGUCUAAGCACUUUUUUAGCAUUUAAUCCUUCAGAUAGAAAUGAAAUUUUGAUUGGCCUGAGUUCAACCAAUAUAAAAGUGCUGAAAAUUCAUUCCAUUAAUGAUUUUUGUUUGGUGACUGGUCAUACAGCAUCGCCAACAUAUGUAUCAUUUUAUAAAAAUUAUUGUUUAACAUGUUCAAACAAAGAAGUUCUCAUUUGGUUAAUGAAAUCUUAUACAAAAGUUCAUCAAUUGAAAUUAAUUGCUAAGGAACAUGUUAUUAAGAAAUGCACAUUUUCAAGUUUAGGAAUUGUUGCUGUCUUAUAUCAAAAUGAUGUUAUUCAAGCUUGGAAAUUUCAGAAAUUUGACGAUGCUCAUGUGAUAGAGGUAAAAAAGCAUGGACUUAAAAAUGUUAAAGAUUUUGAUUUUACAAGAGAUGGCAGAGCCAUGAUUUUAUGUGGACUGCAAAAUACAAUAUUAAUUUUUAACACAAGUAGAUGGGAUUUAUUAAAAAGUAUAGAUUUUCACGGAAAUUUCAAUGGUGGAAGACAAGUAGCAAUGGUUCAACUACCACUUGAUGGAGGAGCCAAUUCUAUUGCUGCCAUACUUACAUCUGACUGUUCGUUAAGAUUCAUAAGUUUAGCAACAUGUGGUAUCAUUGAAAAUUGCUGUGAAUCACACAAUGGACUGAAGAAAAUAAUAGUUUCUACAAAAGGCAAUUUUUUAGUGUAUAUAAGUAAACAUGGAUUUAUAGACAUAAUGCAUUUAGAUAAAGUACUUAAUACAAAACUAAGUUAUAGUACAGAAAAAUUAUUAGGGCACAAAAGAUCACAAUCACACAAAGCACUAGAUCAUAUAUUAUGUGUGCAAAAUGCUGUAAAAGAAGAACUAAGGUUGCCAAGAUUAUUGCCAAUAUUAAAAGAAUAUGGAGAGUAUCCUGCAAAGUAUAGAAGACUGAUUUGGAGUACCUUGAUGGAAUUGCCUAAUAAUAGGAAAGCUUACAUCGAAUUAUCAAAUAAAGUUCCUCCUGAAAUAAGAUUUGAUGUGUUGAAGAAUCAACAUAUCUCAGAAAAAUACAAAAGUUCAUUUUUAAGUUCUACUAUUAGUUGUUUAAUUUACUGGUGCCCAAUUAUUAAAGAAUGUUCUUAUUUGUCAAAGUUUGUUGCACCUUUUGUUAACCUAUUCCAGAAUGAUCCAGUUCCUUCAUUUGAAGCUAUAUUGUUUAUUUUAUUAAACUUUUGUGAUAAAUGGUUUGAAUAUCAUCCACUUCCACCUCUUAAUAUUCUUGGUAUGAUAGAAAAUAUUUUGUUAGAAGCUGAUCCAACGUUGUUCACUCAUUACUGUGAACGAGGUGUCACAUCUACUGAUUAUGCAUGGCCUUUACUACAAUCUGUGAUGAGUGAAGUACUAUCACAUAAUGAUUGGAUGAUUUUGUGGGAUCACUUAUUUUCUUAUCAGAAGCCUUGGUUCCUAUUGAUGUGUGUAGUGGCUUAUAACAUUUUAUACCGAAAAACUAUCAUUACUAAGCUUAAAAAUUCAGAUGAUUUCAAACAAUUUUUCAAGAUCCAAGGACAUGUCACUGUUAAAAGUAUAAUGAAAAUUGCUCAUAAAUUAGAUUGUGAAACGCCUCAUAGAAUUCAUCCACGGCGGUAUCUUGACGAUAAAUUCAAUUUUAUCCCAAACAAAGGACCAUAUUUACCCUUUAUUCAGUUUCAAUUUCCAACGUAUUUAACAGACGAAUUACGAGGAGUAAAUUUAAAAAAACUUAAAGAAAAAGAGCGCCGUUUACGCGGAUUUCAACUUCAUGCUUUGGAGCUUUUAGAGGAAAAAAGACUGCGCUUCGAAAGCGAAAAUUUUGUAAGAAAUACUCAUGAAAUGAGACUGAAUGAAUUACGUAGAUGUUAUGAAAAUCAAGUUCAAGAGGACGAGAGGUUACUUAAUUAUGUGAAACAAGAAACGAAAGAUUUGGAUCCCAGCCAUUACUUGAACGGCGAUAGUAAAUGUAGUCAUUCGCGUUUGAAUGGACGAAAGUCUGUAGAAAGAAAGAGAAGACAAAGGCAUUGCAGAUCGCUUCAGGAGCAGGUUGAUCGUCUGGAAUCUGAAGUAUUUCACUUAAUUGCUACAUUACAAAAUAAAUCACCUCGAUCAUCGCGUUCAAGGUCAAAGUCAAGAAGUAGAUCCUGAAGCGUUAUCUUCAUAACCGUACAAUGUUUAAAUUUAGUUUAGUUACUCUAGUCUCUGUAAGAUUCUACAUUAUAUUUUUGUAUAAAAGUAUAUUUUGCAAUAUUUGUAAAUAGAUGAAAAACUAUGAAACUUUCCAUUUUUAAAGUUUUUGUAAAGACGACGUAUUCAUAGAAGUUCUUAUAACAGCUACAUAAUCUUCAUUUAUACUGAUAUUUUUUAAAUACACGAUAUUUUGAUAAACAUACAUUUUUGUUUGAUUUCUAAUGCUUAAUUU